AUGAAUAUGGAUAGUAGUAAAGAACCAUUGAAAACUCCAAGUCAAGAUGCUCAAGGUCGUUGGUAUGACUUACUAUCACCAACACAAGUAUUAACAGGACAAGAACAAAUAACAACUACAACGACAAUAUCAAAGAAAAGGAAAAAACAAUCACGUAAUCGAAAAUUACAACGUUAUUCACGAAAACUUCGUAAACAAGGAUUAGAUGAAGCAACUAUACUAAUGUAUAAGCGUGCUAAUCAACUAGAACAACAACAAAAA